CGCGAGAAGAGAGGCGCGCGAGCCUCGGCGGCCCGGAACCGGCCUUGGAACAACGGCGGAGCUUGAGGCCGCUUGCCCUCCCGCCCCAUGGAGCGGCCCCCGGGGCUGCGGCCGGGCGCGGGCGGGCCCUGGGAGAUGCGGGAGAGGCUGGGCACUGGCGGCUUCGGGAACGUCUGUCUGUACCAGCAUCGGGAACUUGAUCUCAAAGUAGCAAUUAAGUCUUGUCGCCUCGAGCUAAGUACCAAAAACAGAGAACGAUGGUGCCAUGAAAUCCAGAUCAUGAAGAAGUUGAACCAUACAAAUGUUGUAAAAGCCUGUGAUGUUCCUGAAGAACUGAAUAUUUUGAUUAAUGAUGUGCCUCUUCUAGCAAUGGAAUACUGUUCUGGAGGUGAUCUCCGGAAGUUACUCAACAAACCAGAAAAUUGUUGUGGACUUAAAGAAAGCCAGAUACUUUCUUUACUAAGUGACAUAGGGUCUGGGAUUCGAUAUUUGCAUGAAAACAAAAUUAUACAUAGAGAUCUAAAACCUGAAAAUAUAGUUCUUCAGGAUGUUGGUGGAAAGGUAACACAUAAAAUAAUUGAUCUGGGAUAUGCCAAAGAUGUUGAUCAAGGAAGUCUAUGUACAUCGUUUGUGGGGACAUUGCAGUAUCUGGCCCCAGAGCUCUUUGAGAAUAAGCCUUACACAGCCACUGUUGAUUAUUGGAGCUUUGGGACCAUGGUGUUUGAAUGUAUUGCUGGAUAUAGGCCUUUUUUGCAUCAUCUGCAGCCAUUUACCUGGCAUGAGAAGAUUAAGAAGAAGGAUCCAAAAUGUAUAUUUGCAUGUGAAGAGAUGACAGGAGAAGUUCGGUUUAGUAGUCAUUUGCCCCAACCAAAUAGCCUUUGUAGUUUAAUAGUAGAACCCAUGGAGAACUGGCUACAGUUGAUGCUGAAUUGGGACCCUCAGCAAAGAGGAGGACCUAUUGAUCAUACUUUGAAGCAACCAAGAUGCUUUUUAUUAAUGGAUCAUAUUCUGAAUUUGAAGAUAGUACACAUCCUAAAUAUGACUUCUGCAAAGAUAAUUUCUUUUUUGCUACCACCUGAUGAAAGUCUUCAUUCACUACAGUCUCGUAUUGAGCGUGAAACUGGAAUAAGUACUGGUUCUCAAGAGCUACUUUCAGAGACGGGAAUUUCUCUGGAUCCUCGGAAGCCAGCUUCUCAAUGUGUUCUAGAUGGAGUUAGAGGCUGUGAUAGCUACAUGGUUUAUUUGUUUGAUAAAAGUAAGACUGUAUAUGAAGGGCCAUUUGCUUCAAGAAGUUUAUCUGAUUGUGUAAAUUAUAUUGUACAGGACAGCAAAAUACAACUUCCAAUUAUACAGCUGCGUAAAGUAUGGGCUGAAGCCGUGCACUAUGUGUCUGGGCUAAAAGAAGACUAUAGCAGGCUCUUUCAAGGACAAAGAGCAGCAAUGUUAAGUCUGCUUAGAUAUAAUGCUAAUUUGACAAAAAUGAAGAAUACUUUGAUCUCAGCAUCACAGCAACUGAAAGCUAAAUUGGAAUUUUUUCACAAAAGCAUUCAGCUUGACUUGGAGAGAUAUAGUGAGCAGAUGACUUAUGGGAUAUCUUCAGAAAAAAUGCUAAAAGCAUGGAAAGAAAUGGAAGAAAAGGCCAUUCACUACGCUGAGGUUGGUGUCAUUGGAUACCUGGAGGAUCAGAUUAUGUCCUUGCACACUGAAAUCAUGGAGCUGCAAAAGAGCCCCUAUGGAAGACGCCAGGGAGACUUGAUGGAAUCUCUGGAACAACGAGCCAUUGAUCUUUAUAAGCAGUUAAAGCACAGACCUUCAGAUCACUCCUACAGCGACAGCACAGAGAUGGUGAAGAUCAUUGUGCAUACUGUGCAGAGUCAGGAUCGUGUUCUCAAAGAGCUGUUUGGUCAUCUGAGCAAGUUGUUGGGCUGUAAGCAGAAGAUUAUUGACCUACUCCCCAAGGUGGAAGUGGCCCUCAGUAACAUCAAAGAAGCUGACAAUACUGUCAUGUUUAUGCAGGGAAAGAGGCAGAAAGAAAUAUGGCAUCUCCUUAAAAUUGCUUGUACACAGAGUUCUGCACGGUCCCUAGUAGGGUCCAGUCUAGAAAGUGCCGAAACCCCCCAAGCAUCAGCAUGGCUGCCCCCAACUUCAGCAGAACGUGAACAUUCUCUGUCAUGCGUGGUAACUCCUCAAGAUGGGGAGACUUUAGCACAAAUGAUAAAAGAAAAUUUGAACUAUCUUGGCCGUGUAAGCACUAUUAUUCGUGAAGCAAAUGAGGAACGUGGCAGUAGUAUGAUGAAUCUUGACUGGAGUUGGUUAACAGAAUGACUUGCCACUUAUUCAGUGUCCCUAAACUGAUGGAAGUUGCUGCUACAUGUGUUGGAAAUUUGUUUUUUCCCCUGAAACCAUUCUUCAGACACCCGUCAGUGGAAGAAAUGUCUGUAAUCAAAAAAGCUACAUUUCUACUGUGAUCAGAAAAACAUGAUUUUACAAACAUAAUAUUGUGAUUUUGAGUAAUUUUAGUCUCUGACCCAAUAAGAUUUUAUAAAAAGUCAAUGGACUUUAUAUAUUUGUUUUAAUACCACCGAUACUUUGGGGCCUCUCCUUGUCAUUCAUUUGUCUUUAAAUUUGGUAGAACAUUACUUAUUUAACUGACAAAAAUAUUUUCUAAAGUUUUAACUAUUGAGCAUAAGGCCAUUUGUAGUAUUGUUGAGAAGAAAACCUCAAAUAACAUGCAUUUUAAGUGUAAGUUAAAUGGAAGAGACUGCUUACAAGUAAAGUUGUACUUUGAGAAUAAACCCUACCUCCUUGUGUUGCACUCAAUAAGUUCUCUUCCCGGCAUCAUAAAGAGUUGGCUUAAUCCCGUUUUUAAUUUUACUGCACAUUAACAGUAUCCCGUUCUUACAGAAGGGGUUGUGCAUCUGCCUUUAAUACCAAUUGACUUUCAUAAAUCAUGUUAAGUAUGACAUGUGUAUAUGUAUUUAAGAUGUACAUUUAAUAAUAGCAAAGAGAAGAUGGCUGUUAAUUUAUAAUGUAUUUGAAAGCAUGUAUUUUUUUAAUUUGUAAAAAUGGGUGAAUUGUUUAAAUAAUCUUUUGUGUCUUGUCAUGCAAUUUAUACUGCACUCUUUAAUCUGUGAUUGUAAUACCAAAAUCCAAAAAGCUUUGAAAACAAGGUUUUCAUAAGCUUAGGGACAAAACUCAUUUGCUUGCAAAUCUAAUCUGAACUGACACCAAAAUUUAUUUAUCCCAGUUAGUAUGAAUAUUUGUUUAUUUUGCUUCAGGAAAAAUUAAUGUGUUUGAUGAUUGGGAGGAGGGGUGCUAAGGCUUAUUGUAGAAGGCUGAGAGUUAAUGUAGUAUGGUAUAUGCACUGAAUUACCUUUCUAAAAUCUGAACAUUUUCUAAAUCUGAAACAAGGGUUUCAGAUAAAGGAUUGUGGAUAUUUACACCUGUAAUUUAAUUUGUUUUUAAAAAUGUGAAAUGCUUUUAUAUUCUAGACAGUUUUUCACUUUAUGUAUUAAAUGAUUUUAAAUGACCUUCUGAAUCUCUAUUCUUAUAAAAAUCAGAUAAUAGAAUAAUUGAAUAUGGCUUGGGAAAAUA